UUAGGAGUGUGUUUAUGGGAAUUUUUGACCAUUCUUCCAGAAGUGCAUUUGUGAGGUCAGACACUGAUGUUGGACGAGAAGGCCUGGCUCACAGUCUUCGCUCUAAUUCAUCCCAAAGGUGCUCUAUCGGGUUGAGGUCAGGACUCUGUGCAGGCCAGUCAAGUUCUUCCACACCAAACUCACUCAUCCAUGUCUUUAUGGACCUUGCUUUGUGCACUGGUGCACAGUCAUGUUGGAACAGGAAGGGGCCAUCCCCAAACUGUUCCCACAAAGUUGGGAGCAUGGAAUUGUCCAAAAUCUCUUGGUAUGAUGAAGCAUUCAGAGUUCCUUUCACUGGAACUAAGGGGCCAAGCCCAGCUCCUGAAAAACAACCCCACACCAUAAUCCCCCCUCCACCAAACUUCACAGUUGGCACAAUGCAGUCAGACAAGUACCGUUAUCCUGGCAACCACCAAACCCAGACUCGUCCAUCAGAUUGCCAGAUGGAGAAGCGUGAUUUGUUACUCCAGAGAAUGCGUCUCCACUACUCUAGAGUCCAGUGGCGGCGUGCUUUACACCACUGCAUCCGACGCUUUGCAUUGCACUUGGUGAUGUAUGGCUUGGAUGCAGCUGCUCGGCCAUGGAAACCCAUUCCAUGAAGCUCUCUACGCCCUGUUCUUGAGCUAAUCUGAAGGCCACAUGAACUUUGGAGGUCUGUAGCGAUUGACUCUGCAGAAAGUUGGCGACCUCUGCGCACUAUGCGCCUCAGCAUCCGCUGACCAUUUUACGUGGCCUACCACUUCGUGGCUGAGUUGCUGUCAUUCCCAAUCACUUCCACUUUGUUAUAAUACCACUGACAGUUGACUGUGGAAUAUUUAGUAGCGAGGAAAUUUCACGACUGGACUUGUUGCACAGGUGGCAUCCUAUCACAGUACCAUGCUGGAAUUCACUGAGCUCCUGAGAGCGGCCCAUUCUUUCACAAAUGUUUGUAGAAGCAGUCUGCAUGCCUAGGUGCUUCAUUUUAUACACCUGUGGCCAUGGAAGUGAUUGGAACACCUGAAUUCAAUUAUUUGGAUGGGUGAGCGAAUACUUUUGGCAAUAUAGUGUAUAUAUAUAUACAGUUGUGCUCAAAAGUUUGCAUACCCUGGCAGAAAUUGUGAAAUUUUGGCAUUGAUUUUGAAAAUAUGACUGAUCGUGCAAAGAAACUUUUUUUUUUAAAGUCUUUUAUUUAAGGAUAGUGAUCAUAUGAAGCCAUUUAUUAUCACAUAGUUGUUUGGCUCCUUUUUAAAUCAUAAUGAUAAUAGAAAUCAUCCAAAUGGCCCUGAUCAAAAGUUUACAUACCCUUGAAUGUUUGGCCUUGUUACAGACACACAAGGUGACACACACAGGUUUAAAUGGCAAUUAAAGGUUAAUUUCCCACACCUGUGGCUCUUUAAAUUGCAGUUAGUGUCUGUGCAUAAAUAGUCAAUGAGUUUGUUAGCUCUCACGUGGAUGCACUGAGCAGACUAGAUACUGAGCCAUGAGGAGCAGAAAAGAACUGUCAAAAGACCUGUGUAACAAGGUAAUUGAACUUCAUAAAGAUGGAAAAGGAUAUAAAAAGAUAUCCAAAGCCUUGAAAAUGCCAGUCAGUACUGUUCAAUCACUUAUUAAGAAGUGGAAAAUUCUGGGAUCUCUUGAUACCAAACCAAGGUCAGGUAAACCAAGAAAGAUUUCAGCCACAACUGCCAGAAGAAUUGUUUGGGAUACAAAGAAAAACCCACAGGUAACCUCAGGAGAAAUACAGGCUCUUCUGGAAAAAGACGGUGUGGUUGUUUCAAGGAGCACAAUACGAUGAUACUUGAACAAAAAUGAGCUGCCAGAAAGAAGCCUUUACUGUGCCAAUGCCACAAAAAAGCCCAGUUAUAAUAUGCCCAACAACACCUUGACACGCCUCACAGCUUCUGGCACACUGUAAUUGGGAGUGACGAGACCAAAAUAGAGCUUUAUGGUCACAACCAUAAGCGCUACGUUUGGAGAGGGGUCAACAAGGCCUAUAGUGAAAAGAAUACCAUCCCCACUGUGAAGCAUGUUGGUGGCUCACUGAUGUUUUGGAGGUGUGUGAGCUCUAAAGGUACGGGGAAUCUUGUGAAAAUUGAUGGCAAGAUGAAUGCAGCAUGUUAUCGGAAAAUACUGGCAGACAAUUUGCAUUCUUCUGCAUGAAAGCUGCACAUGGGACGCUCUUGGACUUUCCAGCAUGACAAUGACCCUAAGCACAAGGCCAUGUUGACCCUCCAGUGGUUACAGCAGAAAAAGGUGAAGGUUCUGGAGUGGCCAUCACAGUCUCCUGACCUUAAUAUCAUCAAGCUACUCUGGGGAGAUCUCAAAUGUGCGGUUCAUGCAAGGCGACCAAAGACUUUGCAUGACCUGGAGGCAUUUUGCCAAGACGAAUGGGCAACUAUACCACCUGCAAGAAUUUGGGGCCUCAUAGACAACUAUUACAAAAGACUGCACACUGUCAUUGAUGCUAAAGGGGGCAAUACACAGUAUUAAGAACUAAGGGUAUGCAGACUUUUGAACAGGGGUCAUUUAAUUUUUUUCAUUGUUGCCAUGUUUUGUUUUAUGAUUGUGCCAUUCUGUUAUAACCUACAGUUGAAUAUGAAUCCCAUAAGAAAUAAAAGAAAUGUGU